AAGGUCGUUGUUGGCGUUGGUGAAAGUUUAAACGAUUCCAGGUGGAAGACUUGUCACCGGCAACUCCUCUCUCUCUCUCCUCUCCCUCUCCCUCUCCUCUCCCUCUAUCCACGCGUCUUUUUCCCAACCUUCCCUGCUCUCACACUCUCUGCGCGCCCUAAUUUUGGCACGCACGCUCUAUUGUUAUAUCUCCUCUCUCACCUUCCAAAUUCUGUUACCUCCCUCCCUCCCUCUCCUUCUCCUCCUCCACUUUGGUUUUCCUCCUUUCUCUCUCUACCUCCUUCUGCAUUGCGUUGGUUGAUUGGUCGGUCGGUUGCUUGCAUCGUUGGGUCAGACUGCUUUUCCUCUUCCGUAUCUGAUUCGGUAAAUUUCAAUCUUUCUCCUUUUAAUCUCUGUAUCCGUUUCAAUCUACCCACAUUAGGAUUUUGUUUCUCUGAACUCCUAACUCCCAUUCCCACUAGGGUUUCUCUGAAUUCAGCUUGAUUGGUACUCGUAAGUCGGAUAAAAUUUGUGAACUUUUUGCUUUUUCUUCUGGAAUCGGCCUGUGAGAAAGUUGGGUUUUUCAUAUAAUUCAGAAAUCCAGGUGCUUUUUGUUUCCAUUCUAGUUUUUUUUGCCUCUUGGGUAUGGAACUUUUGCCUUGUGUUCAAGAAAAACCAGGCUUCUUGGUAUAAAUUUCUGUUUAUCCUUUAUAUCUUGGCUAAAAGGGAUGGCUUUGAAUCUCUCUCGUGACUCAAUCUUGCCUGCGUAUCCGUCCUUGGAGCAUAGUUCGUGUUCUUCUGUUAAGUACCCUAAUGGGUGUGUGAUGGAUCAAUUCAAGGAAAAGGAUUUGGAUGGUAUUUAUGAUGAACCGUCAAGUUCUUGGAGUUCCAAUUUGGAUUUGAAGAAUACCCAUUGUAAGAGCAAAUUGGGUGGUUAUUGUGACCGUUCUGCUGAUGAUAUUGUGGAUCGAUUGCCUGUCGAUCCUUUUGGAAUGGAGAUUAGGUCUACGUUUACGGCGAUCACUGGUUGGUUUCAAGGUUUCGAACCAAAUUAUGAAUCUUGUAGCUCUGGGUGGGAUGAAGGAAAGACAAAGAUGGUUGAUGGCGGAUUGUUUGCCGGUCUGAAUUGGGUUUGGAAUAGCGCUGUGUGGUAUCAGCCGGAAGUUUGUGACCUGAAAUUUGAUGGAGUAUCCAUCCCAUAUGACAGCUUUGAUGGGUUCGGGAUCAAUGAUGGAGGUUUUGCAUUAGAUGACAGCGUGGAGGAGUUUCUGAGUUUUAGCUAUGUGGGGGACUUAGAUGUUUUUGAUGGAGCUAAGCAACUGCAGGUUGGAACUAAGGAAAUACAAGGUUGUGGCAACAUGUGUCAGAGUGAGGCGAGUGCUCCGCAUGAUGCUAUGUUUUAUGCAUUGCGUUUUCUUGGUGUUAAGGACCUUCUAUCGGUUGAAAGGGUUUGCAAGUCUUUUCGUAAUGCAGUUAGAAGUGACCCUCUUCCAUGGAGGAGUAUUGUCAUUGAUUGGCCGUUGAAUGAGCGCAUCACCGAUGAUGUUCUUGUAAAGCUAACAACCAGGGCUCAAGGCACACUUCAAACCUUGGGUCUAGUGCAUUGUGUAAGGAUCACUGAUGGUGGGCUGCAGGGUGUGUUUAACAGCAACCCGAGGUUGACAAGGUUAAGUGUUCCCGGAUGUCUUAAAAUCAGUGUUGAGUGCAUCUUGUUAAACAUAAGGACCUUGAAGUCUGCAGGCAACCCCGGAAUAAAGCAGUUAAGAAUUGGUGGUCUCUCUGGUAUAACAGACAAGCAGUUCGAAGAGUUGAAAUUCUUGCUUGCCACAGAUAACCAUGUCCAGCCUAGAGUCCCGAAACCUCGAUUUUUUAAUGGUGGAUUGUCGUAUGGCUCUUGUGAUGAUGAUUGUCCCAUCGACAUCGAAGCAUGCCCCAGGUGCCAGAGACUUAGUUUAGUUUAUGAUUGCCCUGCAAAGAGUUGCCAAGGGAAACAACCUGCUGAUCAGAAGUGCAGGGCUUGCACGCUCUGCAUAGCUCGCUGUAUUAGUUGCGGUUGCUGCCUUAAAGACUGCGAUUAUGAGGAGACAUUUUGUCUAGACUUGCUUUGCAUGCAUUGUUUGGAGAGCCUACUCAACUGUCAAGAGAAGCAUGGAGAAAAGGGCGCUCCCAAGUGCGCCAUAUUCUGUCAGGAGAACAGGUACCAAUUUUGCCUUGUUGGCUAAGAGAAAGACAUCAAGUAUUCGUUUGCUGUUGGUUGUGGAUUCGAAUCUACAAGGUUUGGAGUUUCAAAAGUGGGCAGAAGCUGGUUAGUGCAUGCUUUGUUUCUGCAGUAAGGAUUUGUAUUAUCAUGAGGAGGCUGCAGCUUGUAAAGCUAGAGAUAAUCUCCCGGGAAACGAAAUUGAAAAUAAAAAAAAUAGAAAAAAGAGUGAAAACUGUGAGGAGGAGAGGGGGCUACACAAGAAAGGUUGAUUGGAAAAGAAGAAAUAAGAAAAGAAACAAGAAGGAACAUAUAAGAGAUCCAGAAGUUUAUUCUGAAGAUGUUAUAGCUCAUUCCGUGUUUGGUUCCAUCCCGGAGACUUACCGAAGGGCAAUGAAGAAAAGAUGUCUGAAAGUUGAAGCAGUGGGUGUUAGUAGCUGUCGAUUGUUAGUCGAAGCAGAUUUCAUCUUCAGAGUUGAGAAAUUUUAUGGGUGCAGGUGAAGAGCAGCAGCCGUAUAGUGACAAGCAGAAAGUCAUGGCAGAGAUGGACGGAGCUACAAAAUACUACCCGUGCCACAACCGCAGCCGGUAGGAUGCUCCAGUUGGAUGACCGAAGUGUUGAAUUUCGAAGGAUGUUUGUGUGAUGGUGGAAUGUGUGGUAUUAAUUCAGUUGAAAGCCUACAUAUUUACUGUUUUUCUUUUCCUCUUUGGGAAGAUACCACAGAUGUAGUGUUUUGUCUUAAAACAAUGAUCAAUAAAUAACACUUGUGUCCAUAAAA